AUGGACAUCACCGUCGACAUCAUGGGCGUCGAGAAGAAGAGGAGGCUGGUCCUGCUCAUAGACCGCACCGUCGACACCGGGAAAGAGAGCAGGAAGCGGGUCCUGCUCAUAGAGAACAUCGUCGACACCGACCUCGAGAGGACGAAGAGGCUGGACCUGCUCAUAGACCUCAUCAUGGCCGACAUCGAGAGAGAGACGACGAGGAAGCGGGUCCUCCCUAUGGACGCCAUCACCAACAUCGAGAAAGAGAGGAAGAUCAGGCAGGUCCUUUUUAUAGGCGGAACCGUUGGAAAGACCGUUGGCCUCAAGUGUAUGAAAGACCUCGGCCAGAGCUGGCCGAGCCUGAGCCGAUGCCUGACCUGGACCUACCGCCCCCGGCUCUGGAUGCACCAGAGCAGCACCCACAAGAAGAACGGAUCGUGA